AUGAUGAAGCACCUGCGCAGCACCGUCUACGGUAUGGAGAGGCUUGAUUGCACGGAAAGGAAGCUGUUUAGACGGCUGCUUGGGUACUUUUGUCCGAGUGUAUGCCACAAUGGAGAGUUUUACGUGGAUGUCGAUACGAUAUACCGGCAGAUGACACGUAGAAAAUAUCAACAUCUUGCAUCGAAAAUGGCUAAAGUAAAUCGUCUUCGCUUCUUUGGUCAUAUAUUAAGGAGAUCGGCAGAUCGCCUUGUUCAACGAGUUCUGAGGAGUUUGCCGGAUUCAAGCUGUAAGAGGGCACCUGACCGAAAAAGGAAGUUUUGGACUGAGGUUGUGAAAGAGGACCUGAGGACAAUCGGCGUGGAUAGGCGGUCCAGGCGAGACCAAAGGUUUCGCAGGAUACGGAAUAGCGACGAAUGGAUUGAUUCUGUGCAAGCUCUCGCAGAAGAUCGAGAAAGUUGA